CACACUUUCACCAGACGCCUAUUUAUCGUGUAUUUUCAUUCAUUUACGACAAAGCAUUGUAGAAGACAGAUUUCUUUGGAAGACGAAUAGACAUGUCACGAUCGCCAGAGUACCCUCACUACAUUCCCCUCCCGCCUCCCCCUCUUCGUUCAGCCAUGAAGCAUACAGCCCCACGACCGUCCACACCGUCGCAUGCAUCUAACUCCUCCCCCUUCCGCCUCUCCCAGUCACCUCAAAUGGGCCCUUCUUCCUCCAGGCCAUCAUUCUCUCAGGCGGCAAGCUCUGGCUUCCUGGCGUUGGGGUCUGCUUCAGCCCCACAAAGCCCUCGCGGAGGCUUGUUACCACUGCCAGCUGUGGUUCAACAGGGCUACACACCCAAAGUUGGCUUUGAUACCUUUGAGGAUCCUCAAGCAUCAAUGUUCUCCUACACGCUGCAUGUACAGAGUGAGGGGUACUCACGGACGAAGAACACUCGCGUGUUCCUUUGCGCCUCAAGCGCGGACGAGAGUGGUAUGCAGGCGCUUGAGUGGGCAUUGGACAGCCUUGUCCAGGAUGGAGACGAGUUCAUCGUAUUCCGAGGAGUCGACGAUGGGGACUUGAACAGGGAACAGGCCGCGUACCGAGAAGAAGCACGCGAGCUGAUGCGCCAGGUUCAAGAGAAAGCCUCGGAGUAUGAUGCCGAUCGGAAAGUGUCGAUCAUCAUUGAAUUCAUUGCGGGGAGUGUAACGAGUAGCAUCGACCGUCUGAUCGCACUCUACCGCCCUGAUUCCCUUGUUGUCGGUACCAGGGGGCAGAGAGGUAUCAUGCAGACUUGGGGAGCUGCGCUUGGCGGCUCAAGUGUCGGCAGUGUGUCGAAAUAUUGCUUAAGCCACUCCCCUAUACCUGUCAUCGUGGUCAGACCUGAGAGCAAGGUCAAGAAAGUUCUUGCGAAACGGAAAGCUGACCCGAAGCGUGGCAAACACUUUGAUGAGUUAGCGAAGACUGGGAGACAGUCCGUCCCAAUGUACUCUGCGUUGACACGAUAACGCUGAGUAUAUCUCUAUCGCACGCUUGCGCAACCUUGUCCUGGAGUCAUCUGCUGACACCCGCCUACCGCUCCAGAAGCUUCAGCGUGGGAUAAUCAGCGUAUAACCAGAUCUUGUAAUAUACUGUGCCCAGAAAGCAGCGUCUCCGUCGUUCCAAUUUCCCUAGAAUUGAGCGGUUGAGCCGCGCCAGUUUAUUAGGCACUCUUCCACGCCUCUUGGCGUCUGGGUGUGCCUGGUAAGGCCCACCGCCUACCCGGCCGGCCGAAAGCCGGCGGUGGGGAGCGCCACGCACGACGGUCAUCUUGUGUCCUACGCUCUCGCCUUGGAUCCAGCGUUGUAAACUUGCUCGGCGCCGACUUCCGCGGCAAGCGCUCGACGCGAGUUCACGGCCCCUUUCACACACAGUAACGUCACUUCCGCAGACCUUGUCAGUGUUUGGUAGUACAACAAGAUACAGCCUGGUAUUUGGAAUCCAUUGUGAAACUACUCAUCGACAUCUUGCCAGUACCGCAGAGGCUCAACAUGCCCGUGCACCAGCCCAAUCUUUAUCUUCGGCCGCCCAGCAGACAUGCCAUGGAAUACGAAAGCAGACCCAGUCUUGAAGUAAUGCCUGCCAGCACA